UUCCAUGUUGUGAGUUUUUUUCAUAUUAUAUAAAGGGCAAAAUACACAUAAUUUUACAUAAGCAAAUACAUCUACAAACUACCAUGGCUAUUCAACUUCUGUUUCUAGGGCUCCUUGCUGCAAGCUUAGACAUCACAGAAUCACAAUCAGUUGGAGUAUGUUAUGGGAUGCUAGGGAACAAUCUUCCAUCCCCAUCACAAGUCAUAAGCCUAUACAACUCACGAAACAUAAGACGCAUGAGGGUGUAUGACCCUAAUCAAGAUGUUUUCCAAGCACUACGGGGAUCAAACAUCGAAGUGAUGCUUGGAGUUCCAAAUUCGGAACUCGAAUACGUGGCCUCAAGUCGUGAAAAUGCACGAGAAUGGGUGAAGAGAAACGUCAGGGAUCAUUCGCCAGAUGUUAGAUUUCGUUACAUAGCCGUUGGAAACGAGGUUAAACCAUCUGAUACUACAUUGGCUCGACUAGUCCAUCCGGCUCUGACUAAUGUGCACGAGGCAAUUGCAUUUCAUGGACUCAAAGAUCAAGUCAAAGUUUCAACUGCGGUUGACACAACUUUGAUCGGGGUCAAUUUCCCUCCGUCGCAAGGCGCCUUUAAUAGUGAUGUUAGGUCAUACAUCGACCCCAUCAUCGGUUUCCUAGUAGACAUCAAAGCGCCAUUGCUUCUUAACAUAUAUACAUACUUUAGUUAUGCAAAUAAUCAACGUGAUAUCUCACUCGCGUAUGCUACAUUUACAUCUCCUGGCACCGUGGUACAAGAUGGAGCAAACGGUUACCAGAACCUUUUUGAUGCAAUGUUAGAUGUGGUGUAUUCGGCGUUGGAGAAAGCUGGAGGGGCUUCACUUGACAUUGUGGUAUCAGAAAAUGGAUGGCCAUCAGGUGGAGGAUUUGGAGCAACACUUGACAACGCACGCACGUUCUACACGAAUGUGGUUAGACAUGUCUCACGAGGUACACCGAAGAGGCCUGGAAAAGCCAUAGAGACAUACUUGUUCGCCAUGUUUGAUGAGAACAACAAAGAACCAGAACUAGAGAAAAACUUUGGAGUGUUUUAUCCAACAACUCAGCAACCCAAGUAUCAACUCACUUUUUAGUUGAUAUACGUUACGUGUCACUUCUUAAUUAAAUAAAAUGUAAUUUUGGUUUAAUGAAUAAAUGUGUCUUGUUUUUC